GAAGAAGCCAAAAAGGAAGAGUCGUCGGAAAAAAAAAAAAAAAAAAAAAAAGAGAAAAAAAGAAUCGCCAUGAUCUUCGUCGAUGGAGAAUCCAUCUCCAUCUCCGCCCCCAAUUCCCAUCUCAAGGGGAGGGAGAUCGUGGAGUUGCUGUUGCGGAACCCUACUCUGAUCGCCGCGUCGGAGCGGCUCAAAUCCAUGCCGGUGAGGAGGUUCUCGAUCUCGCCGCCGUGGAAGCACGUGUACGUGCUCCAGAGGGAGUACGCCACCGUCGAUCCCGCGAUCGUCAAGUUGGUGGGCACGGAUGAGGCAACUACAUGUGUUGGUCUUGUAAUUCGCAACCGGUAUACUGGAAUGACCUCUGUUAGCCAUAUGGACUUUCCUGGAGUUGUCGAUAGGGGCCUCGCCCAAAUGUUACAGAACCUUAGCGAUCAUGAAGCGGCAUUCGAUGUUCAUUUAGUUGGUGCUUUUGAUGAUUCGUCCACUAAACAUGUGGUCCACUCAGCUGGAUCAAAGGGAAACAAAAUACAGAAAGGAUAUUCUUUGCCUUUAUGCUGCAAAAUAGUUGAAGCUCUGCAGAAUAGCCGGGAAGAGUUUCAUCUUCAAACUCUGUGUAUUCUUGGGCAUAACACCACAACAGAUUCAUAUGGAAAUGCAAAGCCUAUUGUCGGUGGCUUUUGGGUAGACACUUCAACUGGUCUAAUGACGCCUGCAAGCUUUGAUACGAGUUCCAGAUGCCCAGAUGAAAUCGUCAGAAGAGUCCGCGUCAGCGUAUCCUCAGGCGAUCCCACUUGGGAUGGGAAGUUAUUAGAGACUUACGAUACGCACAACGAUAGAUUUCAAAUUGCUGCUUGCUCCUGGAUGCCGUCUGAAUGGAAGCGAACAGCCCUUUCACUGCAGCGUCUCUCAGACACGGAAAUCCUCGUCCAGUGUUCUACCUCACCUUCUGCAGAGCCUCCUGAUUUUGUUGAGAACCAAAGGAGGAUAUGGAACUACUUGAUUGAGUAUCCAGAUUGGAGCCAUACUUUUCCAGGAAGAAAACCGCGUGUAUUUGAACGAGCGGCCAACGGAGGGUGGUCCAGGUGUGGAUAAUUUACCAUCUUGCCAAUUUCAGCAUGAUUCGUUUCUUCACAACGGUACGUCACUGGUUGAAAUUACGUAGUUGUCGCCUCUGCGGCACUCUGAAACAAACUAAAAAUUGCAUGUUUGAGCUCUCGGGCUCAAAAUCACUAGAAGAGAAUGUUCUACGUUAAAACUCUGUGCUCGUCGAGAUUCGUAGCUGCCGUGUAAUAUUGAGUAAACUUGUUGUACAAACAUAAAAAAGAUUGUAAAACUUUUUACUGCAUAAACGAAAGACCGUGGAACAACAUAGUAAGCCAAUAUUUACCGCAGGCGAUAUAUAGUUUCA